AUGAGUGGACUUCGUUUUCUUGACUUGAUUAAGCCAUUUACGCCCCUCCUCCCGGAGGUGGCCGCGCCAGAGACCAAGGUGCCCUUCAACCAGAAGCUCAUGUGGACAGGUUUGACCUUGUUGAUAUUCUUGGUUAUGAGCCAGAUGCCAUUGUAUGGCAUUGUUUCCUCGGACACGUCGGAUCCCCUGUACUGGCUACGUAUGAUGUUGGCCAGUAAUAGAGGUACUCUGAUGGAGUUGGGUAUCACCCCCAUCAUCUCCUCCGGCAUGGUUUUCCAGCUCCUCGCCGGUACUCACCUCAUUGAUGUGAACCUGGACCUCAAGACCGACCGUGAAUUGUAUCAGACCGCCCAGAAGCUGUUUGCCAUUAUCCUUUCGUUUGGCCAGGCCUGCGUGUACGUCUUGACCGGCUUGUACGGGCAGCCCAGCGAUCUGGGAGCGGGUAUUUGUGUUCUCCUCAUUGUCCAGCUUGUGGUCGCCGGUCUGGUGGUCAUUUUGCUGGACGAACUGCUCCAGAAGGGUUACGGACUAGGCAGCGGUAUCUCACUGUUCAUUGCUACCAAUAUCUGCGAGUCAAUCGUCUGGAAGGCCUUUUCGCCCACCACUAUCAAUACCGGCCGUGGCCCCGAGUUUGAGGGUGCAAUCAUUGCCCUGUUCCACCUGCUCCUGACCUGGCCCGACAAGCAGCGUGCUCUAUAUGAGGCUUUCUACCGCCAGAACCUCCCCAACGUCAUGAACCUGCUGGCCACUUUGCUCGUCUUUGCCGCCGUCAUUUACCUGCAGGGUUUCCGCGUGGAGAUCCCCGUCAAGUCCUCCCGCCAGCGCGGCAUGCGCGGAUCCUACCCCGUCCGCCUGUUCUAUACCUCCAACAUGCCCAUCAUGCUGCAGUCUGCUCUGUGCUCCAACAUCUUUUUAAUCAGCCAGAUGCUCUUUUCCCGCUUCUCCGACAACCUCCUCGUCCGCCUUCUCGGUGUCUGGGAGCCUCGCGAGGGUUCCGCCCAGCUCUAUGCCUCCUCUGGUAUCGCCUACUACAUGUCUCCCCCCCUUAACUUCAAAGAGGCUCUUCUGGACCCCAUACACACUGCCAUCUACAUCACCUUCAUGCUUGUCGCCUGCGCCCUCUUUUCUAAGACCUGGAUCGAGGUCUCCGGCUCUGCCCCGCGUGACGUGGCCAAGCAGCUCAAGGAUCAGGGUCUCGUCAUGGCCGGCCAUCGUGAGCAGAGCAUGUACAAAGAACUGAAGCGUGUUAUUCCUACCGCUGCCGCCUUCGGUGGUGCCUGCAUUGGUGCUCUCUCUGUUGCCUCUGACCUCCUUGGCGCUCUUGGCAGCGGCACUGGUAUCCUCCUUGCUGUGACUAUCAUCUACGGCUACUUCGAAAUCGCUGCCCGAGAAGGCGACAUUGGCUCAGGCCUCAAGGGUCUUGUCCCUGGCAACUAA